AUGUUGCGCUUCAAAGAGCGGGAAGGGGAGACUUUUCACCAUGUUCGUGAACGCAUGUGGGAUGUCAUCAAGAAGAUCGCAGCUGCCAAGCACAUGCUCCCCAGCACCAAGGAGACUGGCGAAGAACAAAAACCUAUGUGGGCGAGUUUCGUGAAGACCAAAGCCGCGAGAGCGAAAUCAAGUUUGGUGUCAAUGGUCAGGAGGGUGACUUGCGCUCUUGCUCUCGAUGCGAAAACUCCUGAGGGUGGGGUGAAGCACUUGCUCAACACACAGUUCACGGCGUAUGACUGCGACUGGUCGUUAGGAACCAUCUGGUGCGGGGAACAUAAACUCGCCAGCGCAACCCACAAGGCGCCGCAGCUGGGCGAGCACGUGCUCAUGAGCGGAGGCUGGGUGUCUCUCGAUGCCGUGUCCACCGUGGCAGGAUGCACCAUCGACGAGGCGAAGGCCGCCCUUGAACGUGAACUAGAUGGGAAAGGGUUCCUCGCUCUUCUUCUCAGUGUGAAAGACAUCGAUGGGGAAGAGUUGGUUGCUGGAAUCUCGGAGGGCAAAAAGUUGGUCUUCUGGAUGUCGCAGCCGCUGACAGUGAACUUUUAUUUGUACAAGAAGUUGCUCGUGACAAACCAGGUUGGAAUCAAGAAGAUUCUGAACACUUCCACUGGGGGUGUCGCUGUGGGUUUUGCCCUUGAUAAGUUUGAUUGCGUCAUCAAAAAGAUUGCCACCAGGAGAGGAAUCUGGGUUCUUGCCAGGAUCAAGAACUUAGGCCGAGUUGUGUGUGGUUCCUUGCAUGCGCACACAGGGGUGACGAACGCCAUCUACCAAGCCGCAAUCCAUGAGUUCUUUGGUGCUCUCCCUCGUGCGUGGCGUCAAUAUCCUCUCCUUUGUGGUGUCGAUGCCAAUGAGACUCCUAGGUGGAUCACUGACGAUGGUGGGGUUGUUGUGCCUGGAGAAUGUUCUUCGAAUCUCAAUGUGCUCCUCCACGAGGCUCUUCAACUCGGAUGCAAACCUUGUGCACCUAAAUGGACCCAACGCUUUGCGCCUACUCACUUCCCUCGUGACUCUGAACGCACUGGCAGGCAAAUUGAUCUCAUUCUUUGUCGACAAGUUGGAUUGACCGACCUUGUGAUUGAUGCUGAGCGUAGGCAUUGCAUUGGCUCUGAUCAUGCCUUCCUCUUUGCCGAAGUGUGGCUUCGCAACAAAGCUGUCUCCAAUCGUUGGGGCAACGACUCGAGGGCGAGAUGGGUAGUCGGCGAUCUUCCUGAAGACUACAUCAUUGACGACUCGGAUCUCACCCGCCUUGCUCUUGCACACAGCAGGCCUCGCAAGUCGAACUGCUACGUUGAUAAUGAUGAGAUCAAGCAGGCAAUUGUCACUGCCAGGUCCACUAACAACACAGCUGACUGGAAACGAGUGCAUAGGCUGAGAACGACGGCAAGAAAAGAGUGGAAACGGCUUCGUCUACAGCGUGUUCUCGCUGGUGAUUGGGGUGACUUCCGACAACUCCAGGCUGACAAGAAACGAAGACGAGGAUGGUGGGGUGACAUGCUUGAACACAAAACCUCAACUGCUCUUUCUGCUGAAGUACAGACACAUCUUCGAAGCAAGAUGGUUGAUCCAGCACGUGAAGAUUGGGAUGAGGAGCUCUCUGCACUUAUUAGGACUGUGCCGAAUGAGGCGACUUUUGUGCCGUUUGAGAUCAUCGAUGUCAGAUCUGAACUACAAGGGAUGAGGUGCAAGAGUGCUGUUGGUCCUGACCUUGUUGGGGUGCAUCUCCUUCGGACCAUCGCUAGCCAUGAUCAUCUCGGUCCUCAACUUCUGGAUCUGAUUAAUCAUAUCGUUCGCACACAUGAGAUCCCCCUUGUCUGGGAGAAAAGCUUUCUUGCUUUAUUAGCAAAAGUUGAUGUCCCAACGAAGCCGGGAGAUUUACGCCCGAUCGCUGUUAGCUCUGCCUUCAACAAGCUCGUGAACCGUCUUGUCUGCUCACGAGCAUUGCCUCUUCUCCGACGUGGAUCGCGCAUCUCCGCUUGUGGGCGUGGUAGACAAGCAGCUGACUUGAUCGGGGUGACCUCUAGAGUUCGAGAUGUUGUCAAGGAAUGGAAGCUCCCUGCUGUGCUUUGCAAACUUGACGUUGCAGGAGCAUUUGAUCGAAUUGAUCGCAGGCGAGUCGCAGCUCUUCUUUCUGAUCGUCUUGGUGGUCAGGCUGUUCCUUGUGAACUCAGGUAUCUUCUGUCCCAACUUCGGUGUCAUACCUUGGAGGGGCGUGUGCCUGGGGGUGAUGUCAUCACGAUUCGCCCUAACAAUGGGAUAAAACAAGGUGCGCCGGAGAGCGCGGAGGUCUUCGGGCUAGUUAUAGAUGCGCUCCUGUCCGAAGUCGUCAACAGCCAUCGUUGGAAAGCAUUAGGGGCGAGUCAACCCGGACUUGACAUUGAGGUGAUGUUCUAUCAGGAUGACAUCUUUGUCCUUGACCAUGAUCUUGGUACAUUGGGGAGACGUGUUAGGAUCAUUCAUCGCUGUCUCCAACGUGCUGGUCUGAAGCUCGCCACGAACAAAACCAAGAUCAUUGCGAGUCCAGCGUAUAAAGGCAGUCGACAUAUCAGAAUUGGAGAUGAUGAGUUUGUCAUUGCUGGGGCGUCGGAGUCCAUCAAGGUCUUGGGCUUGGACUUCUCCUUCUUCGCCUCCCCUUCGCAGCAGGCCCAAGAACUACUCAGUCGAACUCGUGCAGCGGCGGCCUCACACCGAGACAUCCUGACUGCCAAAGGUCCAUGGAGUAAAAAACUCUAUAUGAUGAAGGUUCUUGUCGACAGUCAGUUCACUUGGACGGGCGGGACGAUCCACUGGUCGCAAGAAGAUCUUCGGGGAGCGAAUCUCCUACAACUGCAUACGUUAAGGUCCGCCUUUGGCCUUAAGCGACUUGCAGGUGAAUCUUGGUCACUGGUCUACCUGUUGGCUGAGUUUGGGGACCUUUACUUGCUGGUGAAUGAGUGCUUUCUCCUGUUUUUCUCACGAGAUACGGUUGCAGCCUUGGUCCUGGUUGAAGUGAUUGAGAUUUCUGCAGCUCGAUUCAUGUACGACAGUCGCAUAAACACACAUGUCUUCACUGAAGUGAAUGCCGGUGUCGAAUGGUGCCAGUACUACAAUGCCCGUGUGAUCAUUCUGGGUUCAAGGUGCUUUGGAAACCCUGCCUCCUUUGCCCUCCUCUUCGUGAUGGCUUUCCUCGGAUGGCUGCUCUUCGUCUCCUUGGGCGGCCUCUGUGGUGCUGGCCCUAAGGCUGCUGGUGAUGGUCCGGUCGAUGACGGUUGGGAAGAACAAUGGCAGUCCAGUGAGGAACAGUGGCCUGCGUGGUGCCUAUUCGAUGCUGGUGACUCUGCCCCUUCCUCCUCCUGGCAAUCCUCCUGUGCACCCUCGUCGUCAUCUGUGCACUGCCCUCUCACCCACGCGCAGAGGGUCGCCUACAUGAGUGCUGCCUGGGAUGAGGAGAUUUCUCUUGGAAUACAACUGGAGGAGAAUAGCCAGGAUGUGGGUGAACAACCACUGGGAGAAGUUCCUGACCAAGCAGUGGCUCCUCAUCCAGCUCCUCACGAGUUUUGGAUACACGAGCUCUUCGUCGUGCUGAUGGACGUGGCCUUCUUCCUCUUCGGUCUCCUCUUCGGCCUCCUCUUCAUCUGCCUGCCCACCUUCGCUUCUCAAGAUGGUCCUGGUCGUGAUCGUUGGCAUAAUCCUGACGGGUCCCUUGUCCAUCGCACUCGGCAGCCCCCUGACGACCUAAACGUCGCAGCUGCUAGCCACGCUCAGCCAAUGACACCUGCGCUCCCUGCCGUGCCAGAGAACGAUGAAACUAACGGAGAUGAGGCGCCUUUUACAGUUACUGGCUCCACUUCUUAUGAUGGUGAACCCGUCCUCCAUGCGGUGACCUUCUAUGGCAGGGAGUUUCUGGUGAAGUGCAAUGGUGAUGAAGAAGCAGGGGAGUCCACUACAGCAGGAGAAGACAGCGAAGACUUGGGUGAAACAAAUAGCAGUGAAGCAAUGUCCAGUACAGUGGGUUUUUGGCAACAUGGCAGCUGGCACGCCCGAAGCAGAACGCCGGCUGAGCAACGCGCCCAUGUUGGAGGUGCAGGACCCCGCCGAACCCAACGCAGGCGUGAACGUGUUGAACGCUAUCUUCGUGGGGAGUGGAGACCCAGCUGGUUGGAGGACUACAUUGUGCAAAAGCAACAGAGAGACAAGGACGUGCAGAACCCCUCUUCUGUCUCGGAGGGCACUGCUAGCGUCUCUUCGUGUCCACCUGGAACCUCUGCUGCAUGUGAACCUUCCUCCGCUGAUUCCGCUCCCUUGGCUGAGACACAAGAAGCAGGCAGCUGGACUUGGCACGACCACUACUCCUGGGCAUCUUCCUGGUCCGAUCCAACCUGGUCCUCCUCUUGGAACUCCUCUUCUUCCUCGUCUUGGUGGACCUCAUGGCAACAUCAAUGGGGGUGGAACGAGGAGCAGCAGCAGGAGAAUGAGAAUGAUACUGCCGACCAGCACGUCGAGGAGUGGCCUUGGCCUGGUGACACUACAACCUCCACCACGUCCUCGUCGAGCUCCUUGGCUAUCUCCUACCCGCCGAACUACGGCCUGUUUCCUGCAGUCCGAGACCUCGAACCAGAUGAGCUGGCAGGGGAUGAAGUUUUUAUGAUGCAGUUAACCAACUCGGAACGUGCCCUUCUUCAGGAACGGGGUGUUCCCAACUCGGUGGUGGGUCGUAUUGAGACGAUGCUGAACACCAUGGAUCGGCAACAACAAGAAGGCAGAGGAGCUGAAGGGCGAUGGGCUCUUGGAUGCUUCCUGAAUAGGGCCACAGAAGGACUUGAAGCAAUGGAACAGGCCAUGAGCAUCCUUCAACGUCGACUCCUUCCUCGCGGAUAUCUACCCCUUCGUCGAGUACCUCGCCAGGAAAUGAUGCGCUGGUCGUUGUUCCAAUGGGCUCGCAACCAACGUGUUAUACUCGAAGAGACUUUGGGGCGACAUCUCGAUGUUGGUCUCCUUCCAGCAGACAGCGACAUGGAACCGGGGGAAGGACACAGGGAAGGGGAAGAACCGAGCCCAGCGAGUGUGGUGGCAACUGAAGCUGCUCCUUCUUCACCUCGCGAAGCAGUCAGCAUUACCCCUACAACUUCGGCUCGGGAAGGCUUCGGUCGUGUUACCCAGUCUUCCUCCGAUGAAAGGACGAGUGACUUCGCUCUCAAUUCUGAUGGGGAGAUGGAAAUCUUCAUGGUGUAUGGUGGGAACCUGGUCAAGCUGCUCAUGGUGAUGCUGGAGAUGAAGAAAUCAUGGCUACUGAAACAGAGGGGGAUGCAGACCACCGUGGUCCAUCAUGCAGCUCCUCUUCUUCCUCUGCCAGUGGCUCAGUACGUGGAGAUCUACCACGACGUUGUCCACGAGCUUCAUGGUGUCUACGACGAGUACAAGCUUGACGACCACGACUUCCUGUUCGAGCUCUUCGUGUUUGGCGUCCUCCUCGCUCUCCGCCCUGCCUGGACCUGUGCCUUGAGUACGAGUGUCGAUGGCCACCGAGACGACCCCGCAAAGAUCUACAUGUGUGUUCUGCUCCUGCUGUUCUGA